AGUGAGUCGAGCUGCCUAGGCUUCUCCUGAUUUUCGUGGUGAGACUUGGCGUGUGGGGGAAAUUUAACCGAUCAACAGCAAAAGCUCUCUCGGGUUUGGAUCUUCCCAGGCAACGGGCCCGAGUUUGAAAUAAAGCCACGGACUCCAACUAGCGCAGGCCUUCAAUUUUGUAGACACCAGACAGAAUAUUUCCGAAUCGAGUGAUAUUUCGUACAGAGUAGAGACGGGACAGGGAUUCAGAAGUCAGCCCAGCUGCCUGGAGAGUCGGGAAGAAGCCGAAGAGGAUGUUCUGGGGCAGUUGCAUUGUCAAUCAGUUCGUGCUCUUUUUACCCCAAAAUCCUGUGAGGGGAAGGUGUCAAAAAAAGUUCACCGAGAGCGGCCUGAACUCUGGCGCGACCGACUCGUCACUCGAGUCUUUUCCUGCUCUUCCCGGGCCGUGCUGCUCUCCCACUCAGUUUGGAGAUGCUCGCGUGGAGAUGCGGAGAUGGCAGGAUACCGGGGGAUCGUAUGCAGCGCACGAUGUCGGAACCCAACAUACAGGCAAAUUCAAGGGCGUAAACAGCCCAAACAGCCCAGAAUCGGUCGGGAUUGGAGUCCCGUGGAGCAUAGAUCGGAUGCGCGCAGUCGGCGUUUUACCCGCGAUCGGCCCCAUUGCCCAAGCAGCAUGUUCACAUGAGUCAAAGAAAACACUCACACAAAACACUCACGCAACAUCUCCGAGACUGGAGCUAGUUAUUUAUCACUCCCUUGCUGACCGAUCGUCCUCUUCUCACUCCCCUGUUUCUUUUGCUCCUUUUCCUUUUUGACAGCUGUGUCUUUUCGUCCCAUUCUCCAUUUCAAUUGAUAGCCAACAUGCUUUCCACCCUCCGAAUCGCUGGCCGCAAGGCUGCCACCCGCGAUGCUAGCGUGCGCACUGUGAUCGCUGGCGCCAGAUAUGCUUCUACUUGGUCCAACGUUCCCCAGGGCCCUCCUGUAAGCUUG